AUGCCCAGUUUCAAUAAUAACCAUAUUUUAUGGAUUUAUCGAAUUAUACAGGGAUUCUGUCGUAUGGUUAUGACACCAGGUUUUAGUCCUGCAGAAUUACUAUUCGGCAGAAAAUUAAGAACUCAAGUUCCUGUUUCUCCUAGAGAAUUGAUUCCUAAUUGGUCACAUUUAAGUUUAGUGAGGGAAAGAGAGGAGAUAUAUAGAGCGAAAACUAAGUGUAAUUUUGAUAAACGUCAUAAGGUUAAUCGUUUAAAAGAUUUAGAACCUGAACAAAAUGUUUUUAUUAGAGACAGUAAAUCUCAUGGAACCAUAGUUAAGAAACAUAGAUCACCUAGAUCUUAA